CACACACACACCCACACACACACACGCACGCACAAACAAAAGCCAGAGGUGAGGAAGCAUAGACAUGUUGCGUUGAUGUGCACACAAGUGCGCUUCCUGUGCAUGCAUGUCCCACAGGGCAUGUGCACUCGCAGACAUGCAGGUGACAUGCAGCCUGCUGGCUCUGCCCCUUCUUUUCCCAGGCAAGGGGGUGCAUACCAAGGGGUGAGAGCCCAGGCACCAUCUAGCCCCUGGCCCAUUGCCUCACCCAUGCCCAGGCCCGUAUCCAUCCGGCACCCCAGCCUCGUGCGCUUCGUGUAUGGCCAGCGUUGCAUGCAGCAGCCCAGGUCCCGGGGCCAGCACCUACAGCGCAGGUGGCACCGGGCUGGGCCGGCAGGAGCUAAUGAGCCGGCAGCCAUGGGGCCUGUGCAGCCGGUCUUUCAAACUGCAAUUUGUCUAGGGUGAGCCAAUCCUGGACCGGGCCUGUCACCCGGCCAAUGGCCGUGGGAGCCGUGGCCGCCUGGCCAAUGGGGGCCCAGUAUUCUAAUGGACCACGUCUUUAUCAGAGAAAUGUUGCUUCGCCUGAAGUUAAACUUGGGUGGCAGGGGCUGGGGCGCAGCCGCUCCGGUGCAGGGACCCCAGCCGCGCCGCCACCCCCACCGCCGCCGUCGCAUGGGUGCACCUCGCCUGGUGCUGCACCGCUCCUGCCUGCCCAUCCUCCCCGGGGAGGUGUGUGCCACCUGGCCGUGGCGGCGCUCGCUGGCAGUGGCUGGCGCCCGUGCGUUACACUAGGGCGUGGCAGGACCGUGGCUGCCCUGUAGGCUCCAGGCUGCUGGGGAUGGGCAUGCUGCAGCACGGCGCGGGGCUGCAGCGCUGAGGGCAGUCUGGGCGUGGUGCUGGCCGGCGGUGGCGGUGGAGCCAUGGACUCCAACCUGCAGGGCACCUUUCUGCUGAACGGCCCCUCGCUGGGCCCCUUCCCCGAGGUGAAGGCGCCUGUGUGCCAGUACUCGGUGCAGAACUCCUUCUACAAGCUCAGCCCCCCGGCCCUUGGCGCCCAGCUGGCGGCUGGCACGCCCCACGGCAUCACCGACAUCCUGAGCCGGCCGGUGCCGGCGCCCAGCGGCAGCCUCCUCUCGGGCUACCCACAUGUGGGAGGAUUUAAUGGACUGGGCUCCCAGGGCGUCUACUAUGGCCCCCAGGCUGGGAGCUUCGCCAAGGCGGGGGCCGAGUACCCGUCCCGGGGCCGGAGCUGCUGGGCAGACACCGGGCAGGACUGGCGCGGCGUCCGGCAGUGCGGCAGCACCCCCGCGCACCUGACAGACAGCGUCCACAAGAAAAAGCACACGCGCCCCACCUUCACCGGCCACCAGAUCUUCGCGCUGGAGAAGACCUUUGAGCAGACCAAGUACCUGGCGGGGCCCGAGCGGGCGCGGCUGGCCUACUCCCUUGGCAUGACGGAGUCCCAGGUGAAGGUGUGGUUCCAGAACCGCCGCACCAAGUGGCGCAAGAAGAGCGCGCUGGAGCCGUCGUCGUCAUCGCAGCUGCAGCCGCAGCGGGCGGCCGGCGGGGAGCGCGGUGCCUCUGAGCCCGAGGACGAUGAGUACAACAAGCCGCUGGACCCCGACUCAGAUGACGAGAAGAUCCGCCUGCUGCUGCGCAAGCACCGUGCCGCCUUCUCAGUGCUGGGUCUGGGCGCCCACAGCGGCUGAGCCUGCCACCAGCCCUCGCCUCGACCAGAAGCUGCCGGGGUGGGGGGGCGCGUGGGAGGCAGAGCCCGUGCCUACGUCCUCAGGGCUGGGCUGCCCAUGCAGCGUUGCCGGAUGGCCGGCCCAGCCCGGCUGCAGGGUGCGGCAGCCACAAGUGCAGGGCCAGGGGCUCUGCACCGACGGGGCGGGGGCCGUGCCUCAGCAUGUCUCGGGGCAGCCAGCGUCAGCAUUGAUGAAAUAAAGGUCCCAGCCAGGCGUCCAGGUGGUGCUUCCGUGGGGCGCGGUGCAGCUUGCAGCUCGCGGCGGGGGUUGCAGCCAGGAGGGCCGGCGCUGCCCAGGGAGGGGGCACAGGGCCAGCUCUGCUGCAGCAGGCUGCAUGGCUCCUGAGGUC